GCGCGAUUAUUUUUUAGCCAUAGUUUCUUUUUUUUCCAUGUUCGCUCGAGCAGGAUGUCUUCCCAGGGUGGCAUGGACCGGCUGCCGAAGGUCAUUGUGGCUAGCUUGACUAAAACGAUAGCGGACGUUAGCUAACUUUAGUUGUGUUAACUAACCUCACAGACGAAUAAAGACGUGCCGCUACCAUUAACCUCAGUAAUGCAGCACCGCUGCACACCAUUUACGGUCGAAAAGGCGAAGCUAACUCAUUCACUGCGGAGUGUUUAAACCAUGCUGAACAGAAACGUUUCAUAACAACCUAAUAACAUUUUAAAUGUAACAUGUAUUAAAGGGCCAAACGCAAGUAUCUUACAACUUUUACAAUUCAAUACGUUCUUCUCGCAAAUUCUGCAUGCUUGUCAUUAUUAACAAUCGAUUAUUUCAUAUAAAAAAGUCCACAUUGAUUAUUGGCAUGCCUGUUUGUGUCGACGUUAGCUAAAGCCAUGCUAUCUCUGUCAUCUCCUACCUGUCCUGCGUUAGUGGAGACAGUACAAACAUUUAGAUUCAACUGAAACAAGUACUGUGGGGCCAAUCAAGUGUAAACAAAAGUACAGUUAGGUGGUCACGUUUCAUCACCUGUUAGGACGUUAUUCUCUUUCACAGUGGCGUGUAGUCUUGUUAUUGCUCGACUUGUAAUGGGGUUUGGCAAGACGCAUGUCAACAUCCAAACUGAGUUAAUUACGCACUCCUAAUCCUGGAUUAGCACACAAACCUGACUGUAUGCCAGGCGUCCCACUGAGUGAAACCGCUACAUCUGAGACGUGGUUAAAUCAGUAACUGUAUCUACGACUAUAACAAUGGAAAUGGGUGUUUUCAGACCAGCAGCUAUCCUCCAAAUCAUUGCGAUGCUAACUAUUAGCCUUCAACUGGCCCCUUCCUGUGAUAUCUUCACGUUUCAGAGAAUGGGGAACUUUACAUCCUCCCCGUCUCUGUCCAGCACAUCCUGUGUACAGUAUGUUAAGGAGAUGGUGUCGCAGAACUGUGUUGUGAUAUUUUCCAAGACCACGUGUCCUUAUUGCAAAAUGGCCAAGAAUGUGUUCAAUGAAAUUGGUGCGACCUACAAAGUGAUCGAACUGGAUGAGCACAAUGACGGGAGGAGAAUGCAAAAGGCCUUAGCUCAGAUGACCGGUGCCAGAACGGUGCCGAGAGUCUUCAUUAAUGGAAACUGCAUCGGGGGUGGCUCUGACACCAAACAACUCCAUCAGCAGGGAAAGCUCCUGCCCCUGAUCCAACAGUGUGCUCCCUGCUGUGCUGCCGGCAGCUCCGACGGCUCGGGCAGCGGGCAGUUCGAGGCGGCUAAAUGACUAACCGUUCUUGUAGCUUUAUUCAAUCCUGUAUUUACUAAAUGUUCGCUCGAUCUCGUGCUACAAGUUAAACAUUGCUUGAGCAUGUUAUUUAUUUCUCAAAGUGCUUUUGAUACUUGAUGUUAGGCUCCAUACAUUUUCAUGCAGGGAUGUACAGUAUGCUUAUUAAAGUUGCCAUCUUUUAAAGGACACCUGUGGAACUACUUCUCAUCUGCAUGGUUGUUUUAUUGUAUAUUACAUUCAUAAAAAGAAAAAUAUGAUCUCUCUCAGCGUCAAGCAUCAUCAAACUGUGAACAUCGUUGGGUUGUGAAGUAUUGACUGUGUGACUCAAUACUCAUUUGAUUGUAAUUUCUUUGUUGUAAGAUUUAAAAAACUGCAGAUAUCUGUAUAAUUACCACAUUUUAAUGUGCACAUUUAUUUGAACAUUACACAAAAUUGUGAGAAAUGUUCAUUUGUUUUUAAUUUGUCUUCGAAGUAAUUUCGAUGUCAUUUUUUCUGAGAUUUCAGCAAAAGCUGUGUUUGUCUUUAUUUGGUGAACAGUAAUAACUUAAGUCUUGAUGCUGGUCAGUGUUAUGAAUGUACAAAUGAAUGAGGUGUGUACAACAACCACUCGAAAAUGUUUUCUUAAUGCCAAGAAUGUUUUUUUAUUAAUAAAUAUGAAUGAA